GAUGGCGACCCGAUGAUGGCGUCUCCGGGCCAGGACUCGCCGUUCGACGCGUCCGCGCUGCGCGUCGCGGCGCACCCGGUCUCCGUCAGCCUGCCGGCCUCUCCGUCCAGGUUCGACGUCGCCCGGACGGAGGCGGAGUUCCCGCCCAGGCACCCCGAGGCCAUCGUGCCGGACGCGUCGCGCAUGCUGUCGCUCCCGCCGCGGCCGACGCCGAUGGUGUCCGUCGUGUUCGAGCAUCUCGAGGAGGUGAUGUUCCGCUCGCAGCCGAUCCACGCGGCGGCCUCCGAGUUGCCCGACGCCCAGGACUCCCAGUCCCAGGUGCUGCACGACGACUCGAUGAGCCGCGGGAGCGGGGCGCGCAUGGGGAGGAGCAAGGCGCGCAGGGACACGAGCUACGACCCGUUCAAGACGUGGUCCGGGAAGCUGGAGAAGCAGCUCACCACCCACCUCCGCGUCGUCAGGCAGCCGCUGCAGCAGGAGGCGGAGCCCGAGGAAGACGAAGACGAAGACGCGGCGACGAGCGGCCGCCCCUACUCCACGCCCAGAGUCCACCGCUUCUUCGCCGCGCUGGAAGGCCCCGAACUCGACAAGCUCCGGUCGUCGGAGGAGCUGGUGUUGCCGUCGGACAAGAAUUGGCCGUUCCUCCUCCGGUUCCCGGUGUCCGCCUUCGGCAUGUGCCUGGGCAUGAGCAGCCAGGCCAUCCUGUGGAAGAACAUCGCCAUCUCGGCGUCCACGCGGUUCCUGCACAUCACGCUCCGGACAAACCUCGUGCUCUGGUGCGUUUCGGUGGCGCUCAUGUGCUUCGUGUCGGCGCUGUACGCGUGCAAGGUCAUCUUCUACUUCGAGGCGGUGCGGCGGGAGUACUACCACCCGAUCCGCGUCAACUUCUUCUUCGCGCCGUGGAUCGCCUGCCUCUUCCUGGCCAUCGGCGUGCCGGAGCUGGUGGCGGAGAGCCUGCCGCACUGGCUCUGGUACGUGCUCAUGGCGCCCAUCGUGUCCCUGGAGAUCAAGAUAUACGGGCAGUGGAUCUCCGGCGGGCAGAGGCGGCUGUCGAGGGUGGCGAACCCGUCGAACCACCUGUCCAUCGUCGGCAACUUCGUGGGCGCGCUGCUGGGGGCCAUCAUGGGGUUGAGGGAGGGCCCCAUCUUCUUCUUUGCCGUCGGGCUCGCGCACUACAUCGUGCUGUUCGUGACGCUGUACCAGAGGCUGCCCACCAGCGAGACGCUGCCGCGGGACCUCCACCCGGUCUUCUUCCUCUUCGUGGCCGCGCCCAGCGUCGCCUGCCUCGCCUGGGCGCGGAUCACCGGCGAGUUCGGCUACAGCUCCCGCAUCGCCUACUUCAUCGCCAUGUUCCUCUACACCUCGCUGGCUGUGCGGAUCAACAUGUUCAGGGGGUUCAGGUUCUCGCUGGCGUGGUGGGCGUACACGUUCCCGAUGACGAGCGCGGCGAUCGCGUCGAUACGCUACUCGUCGGAGGUGAAGAACGCGUUCACGCAGGCCAUGUGCAUCGUGCUGUCCGUGGUGGCCACGCUCACGGUGACCGCGCUCUUGCUGACCACGCUGCUGCACGCGGCCGUGCACCACGACCUCUUCCCCAACGACAUCUCCAUCGCCAUCUCGGAGCGCAGGCCCAAGCAGAGCACCAUCGCCGAGCUGAACGAGGUGCACGGCAACAAGGACGCCGACACCACAUUCAGAGACCUCGAAGCCGCCUAUAGACCCUGAUCGACGCCGAGACUGAACUAGCGACGCCUUCUUCAUCGCAUGUGGCGAGGCGAAACAAACUGGUGGCAGACUGGUCGAUCGUGGACAGUGAGCAGGAGCAUGUACGUAGCCGGGACGUGUGUUCGAGAAUUUUCUUUGGGUCGAGUUGACUGCCGUGCGGUGCGGGGCAGUGUGCGCCGCGGUCGGAAUCAACACGGUGAUCGAUGGUAGUACAAAAAUGCUAGACAUACAAAGACUUACACGCUUUUACACGCUCCUUCCAUCUAACAACCAAUCAUAAACCUCUCCCCCCCUGAUUUUCAGGGGGAUGACCGCCCCACUUACCUAUUGACCAAUCAAGAUUAACCAUCCUGUAAAAGCCUGUAAAUCGUUUGUACAUGUAGCAUUGCCGAUGGUAGUAUAUGCUGUAGUAAUUUCCGCGUGGUGGUGUGUAGGUAGGACUUAGUAGGAGAGAUGCUGUUACUUAUGGCUUAACCGUGAUACAGUAUGUGAUACGGCUGUACAAUAAAUCCGUCUCUGUAUCUGUAUGUGGUACAUUACU